CAUUUCUUGCAGUAUAUUGGGAUGCAGAGUCGGCUCUGGCUGCCACUGUUUCUGCUCCGCGCGGUCUCGGCGCAACCAACCAGCUUUACGGGCGACGGCACGGCGUACUCGAGCGACUGGGUUGGCGGUAACUGCGGCUUUACAUCGCUCUGGGGCUCGGGCAAGAGUGCUGGCAUGACGUACUUUGCUGCCAUCAAUGCGCCGCAGUGGGACGAUGCGAUGAACUGCGGCCGGUGCGCGCGGGUCGAGUGCACCAGCGCCGCGUGCAAAGGGUCGUCUGUCGUCGUGCUUCUCACCAACCAGUGCCCCGAGUGCCAUCACGGGUCCCUCGAUUUUUCCAACCAAGCCUUCGCAGCGCUCACGGGUCUCGACCCGACGCGGGUGUCGAUCGCAUGGGACUUCGUGCCGUGUCCCACCGACUACGUGUCGGGCCCGAUCGAGUACUUCGUCGACGGAGGCUCCAACAACUUUUGGGUCGGCCUCCAACCCCGCAACUUUGGCGCUCCGAUUGCGUCGCUCGAGGUCAAGACGGCCAAUGACGACACGUGGCACCGCUUGUCGCCGCCGUCUGAAAACAGCAUCACGACGUUUCUCUUCGUUGGCGAAUUCGCGUCUGCGUUUCCGCCGGGCCCCUUCGACGUGCGCGUGACGUCGACAGAUGGACAAGUUGUCCUCGAUACCCUUCCAGGGCUCGCGGUUGGUCAGACCCUUGUUGGCACACGGCAGUUUUCGGGUACCCCAAGUGGUCAUCCCAGUACGUCACCGCCCGUACCAGCAUCGUCUACUGCACCAAAGCCGCUCACCACCCCAACACCGACACCAGCACCGACACCGACAUCGACACCGACUCCGACAUCGGUAUCCCCCGCAUCGACGCCCGGUUCAAGUGCAUCGUCGCCUACACCCACGACGAGUGCGGUGCCUACGUUAACGACGACACCCGUGGCCUCGACGCCACCAGUGACGCUAACUCCCGCCACGACACCCCAAGACAUGUGCGCCGAUGCCACGUACGCUUUAUCAGUCUGGCCCGGUGGGUUUGCUCUCCACGUCUACCUCACGGCGCAGGCAUCGGCCGCGUGGCGCCUCGACGUCCGGGCGGCCCACGUGGCCUCUGUUUCCGAUGCGUGGAAUUGCAUCGCGCACGCCGUCGAAAAUGCCUCGAUGCCAACGUGGACGCUCACGUCGCAGGUGUUCAAUUUGGCGCUGCCGUCGGGCGCCAACAGCAUCGGUGUUCGCGGUACCACGCUUGAUACGACGGUCCAUGCAUCGGUCGUCGACGUCACCCUUACGGUCGGAGCACAGACAACGACAACCUGUCUUGUGCCAGCCGUGGUCGCAUCACUGCCCAUUCUCCCAUCGCCGGCAGCGUCCCCCGUAGCAUCUCAGGCGUCUCCGAUCGCAUCGCAAGCAUCGUCGACGACGACGACGCUGACGGCCGACACCCGCGAAAUGACAUACGAGAGCCCUGCCGUUGUGUUUGGCUUGAUCGUCGCGGGGGCGGCCACGGUGGUCGCCAUUGCUGUCAUCGCGUACAUGCGGCGCGCCGCCCGUCGCGAGCACGACGAGAAGCAUGGCGCGCUUCUCACGCCGACGCACUUUUCGCUUGAAACGCCCAUGACCAUAGCGACCUUGUAGGCACCACAAUCGUCACUCGUUUACUCCUUGUUUAAAAAAG